GGAGUUUCCACGACAGCUGGAAGCCGAGCGGCACGGGCGCAUCGCUUCUUUGCUAAAAUUAUCGGAAAUAACACGACUUCUGCUCGUCUCAGCACCUCCAGAUAAACCCUUGUCUGGCAUGGGCGACAAGAGGAGUCCCACAAGGCCGAAGCGUCAACCGAAGCCCUCCUCCGACGAGGGGUUUUGGGACUGCAGCGUGUGCACGUACAAGAACACGGCAGAAGCUUUUAAGUGCAUGAUGUGUGAUGUCAGGAAGGGGACAUCAACAAGGAAGCCCCGUCCCGUCUCCCAGCUCGUCUCGCAGCAGCAGGUAACGCAGCAGUUUGUGUUGCCCUCGCAGCCCAAAAAGGAGAAGAAGGAGAGAGUAGAGAGGGAGAAGAGCGACAGAGAGCCGGCGCUCAAGAAGAACAGUCACAAGAAGAUGAGGCCCAGAUUAAAAAACAUCGACCGGAGCAGUGCCCAGCACCUGGAGGUGACAGUUGGAGACCUGACAGUCGUCAUAACAGACUUUAAGGAGAAGGCCAAGCCCUCGUCCACCUCAGCUACAUCGUCCAGCGUCGCAUCCGCGGCUGACCACCACAACCAGAACGGCUCCAGCUCAGAGAACACAGAGAAGGGGCUUUCCCGCUCCUCCUCGCCACGAGGAGAGGGAAGCUCGGUCAGCGGAGAGUCCCACUGAGUCACCCCCACUCAAAACCUGCCCCCUGCCCCUGGCCCCGGCCCCCACCCACAUCUCAUCUGCAAGUCCACGGGUCGCUGGUGGAGCGUUCUGCCUCUGCUUUAGAGCUGCACAAUAAUGACUGAAAAACAUUUUUUUGUGCUUUCUUUCUUUUGGAUCUUCCAAAUUUCAAUUGGAAUUGUGGCCCAUUUAUCAGAGAAUGAGUUGCCAACACAUCAGAUUUAGCAAGUUUCAGUCAGUUUAAAGAUUCUCCACAGCACUGGAAUUCUGCAUUUAGAAAGCAAUAUGAAACACAUCUUGCUCCAUCUUUGAAGUUUUUAGUGAUCACCAAUUUCACUUGGACAUUUGGUGCAAUUGAAAGGAUCCCACACGCUGUCCAAAACUUGCUACUAGAAUAUUUACUAAGACAGCUUUAUUCUGACAAGGAACUUCUUCAGUUUGGACAAGCUUUAUGGUUUUGUACGGUUUCCUUCAGAUGCACCUGCCUGUCAAGUUUUCUUUUUUUAUAAAUAUUUUUGUUAAAUGAAAUGUGCAGCCCCACCCUUGACAUCAUCUUCAGUGGCCGGCAGAGUGACCUUUUCUACCCCCAUGUGGAAUUUUCAGCCUCCGUCUGGAAUCUUUACCUGCCUGUUAAACACCCAACCAUCCACUACACACUCUGUGUCCCUACACUGAAACUUUCAACUUCCCAGCAAACCUUUGCUCCUGUCCCAAUUACUCUGAUCUUUUACUUCUGGACUGCCUCUGCUGUAGUGGGACUUUUUUGACAAAGCAAAGCAGCAGUACUCGCACUGGCACCAUUUGGUGUUUUUGCGUAAUGUUUGGAGCAGGUUUGUGUAGUUCGGCUAAUGCUUGUUAUGGUUGUAUAAAGGAACCGGGCAGGUUUUGAUAAAAGUCCUUCUUUUAAAGAGUGCAGUAAGGUAUAGUAUAUUAUUUUAAAGGAUAACACCAGUGUUUUCUGUUUUCAGUUUGUGCCAAUAAUCUACCCCUGUUUUACGUUACUCCCAGUUUGUCUGCACACAGCCAAGUUAGAGAUACAGUCAGGGUUUUGUUAAAAACUUUGCAGCCUUUCAUUUUCUAUAGGAUAUAAACAUAAAUCACAACCCUGCAUUAAGUGAUAUUUUUGAUACAUAGAAUCAAAUCAGUUUUAGUAAUGUGUAAAGCCGAACAUAAUUACUAACUCUCCAGCUACAUGCAGCUUUUAGUUCAUUGUUUUGAUUUGGUUUGUUUUCACAUAGACCAACCAUAGCAAGCCAGUUCAGACAAGCUUUUGUUACAGUACCUGGCCAGUUGCAAUGGCAGAAGAUUGAAGUUAAUUAACUACUAGCUAACUAGCCAAGUACAGUACAAACCAGAGCUAAAAGUUUGGCCAAUACCAGCUACUAGCUAACUAUCUACUAGCCAAGUACAGUACAAACCAGAGCUAGAUGUUUGGUCAAUACCAGCUACUAGCUAACUAUCUACUAGCCAAGUACAGUACAAACCAGAGCUAGAUGUUUGGUCAAUACCAGCUACUAGCUAACUAUCUACUAGCCAAGUACAGUACAAACCAGAGCUAAAAGUUUGGCCAAUACCAGCUACUAGCUAACUAUCUACUAGCCAAGUACAGUACAAACCAGAGCUAGAUGUUUGGUCAAUACCAGCUACUAGCUAACUAUCUACUAGCCAAGUACAGUACAAACCAGAGCUAGAUGUUUGGUCAA